CCUUCCGUUCCUUUCCAUCCGCGUGUCCCUGGGUUAGCCUGUGUCCACGUCGAGGGUCUCCAUCAGGGAAGAGAAAUGCCGUCAAAAAUCAUCUUUGGAAGCGAGGAAGAAACCACAGAGAAGGAUAUGGACACUGUCGCGGAAGUUGACACCUCCAAGGUGAAGAACAAGACCAAGGAGGCUAAAAAGCUGAAGAAGAAGAAGCAACAACAGCAGCAGGAGGAGGAGGAGCAGCAGCAGGAGGAGGAACAGCAGGAGGACCCAGACUGUGAUCCUCCAGCACCAAAGAAGAAAAAGAAAAAGGACAAACGGACAAAGGACCAAGAGAACGGCUUCAUCCAAGAGGCCGAUGACGUGAACGGCAAUGAUGUAGAGUCACCAAAAAAGAAAACCAAGAAGAAAAAGGAAGCAUCUGAGAAAAGCAAGAAGCAAAAGAAAGCGAUCGCCGAAGAAGCAACCAACGGACAUUCCUCCCCAGACACCCCCGCCCAGACCCCAGUCCAGACUCCAGUACAGACUCCAGCCCCGACCCCAUCCCAGUCAAGCGAAGACUCCGCGAGUGACAGCGAAAAUGAGCAGACACCGGAGCAGAAAGAAGGAGCUUUCUCCAACUUCCGCAUUUCCAAAGUCACCAUUGAUAAACUGAAAGCUCGUGGGGUCACCUACUUGUUUGACAUUCAGGUGAAGUCAUUUAAUCCUGUAUAUGACGGAGAAGACGUAAUCGCCCAAGCCCGUACCGGAACAGGAAAGACUUUCUCCUUUGCCAUACCGCUGGUGGAAAAGCUCCAAAAGGAUUCAGUUGAGAGAACCAGAGGUCGGCCUCCCAAGGUGCUCGUUUUGGCUCCUACCAGAGAGUUGGCUAUCCAGGUCUCCAAGGACUUCAAAGACGUAUCCACCAAGCUCUCCAUCGCCUGUUUCUAUGGCGGCAGCUCAUACAAUCCGCAGAUUGAGGCUAUUCGUAAUGGAAUUGAUAUCUUGGUGGGAACGCCCGGUCGCAUUAAAGAUCACCUUCAGAACAACAAACUCAACCUCUCCAAACUGAAGCAUGUCGUCCUGGAUGAAGUGGACCAAAUGUUGGACAUGGGGUUUACAGAACAGGUGGAAGAGAUUUUGAGUUCAUCGUAUAAGAAAGACAGCGAUUCCAACCCACAGACUCUUCUGUUUUCGGCCACCUGCCCUCCUUGGGUGUAUGAUGUGGCCAAGAAGUACAUGAGACCAGCAUGCAAGCAUAUCGACUUGAUCGGCAAGAAAACACAGAAAGCUGCAACAACUGUUGAGCAUCUGGCCAUAGCGUGUCACUGGUCCCAGCGGGCUGCGGUGAUAGGAGACGUAGUCCAGGUGUACAGCGGCAGCCACGGCAGAACAAUCGUCUUCUGUGAGACAAAGAAGGAGGCCAAUGAACUGGCCUUGAAUGCAUCCAUUAAACAGAGUUCCCAGUCCCUCCAUGGUGACAUUCCACAGAAACAGAGAGAGACGACUCUUAAAGGCUUCAGGAAUGGUGCCUUUGAGGUCCUUGUUGCCACAAACGUCGCAGCCCGUGGAUUGGACAUCCCAGAGGUCGACUUGGUGAUCCAAUGUUCUCCACCCAAGGAUGUUGAGUCGUACAUCCAUCGCUCAGGGCGAACGGGGCGCGCGGGCAGGACUGGAGUCUGCAUCUGCUUCUACCAGAGAAAGGAAGAGGACCAGCUGCGCUACGUAGAGAACAAAUCAGGCAUCACUUUCAGGCGAGUCGGCGUUCCAACUGCGAAUGACAUCAUCAAAUCAUCAAGCAAAGAUGCCGUCAGGUUUUUGGACUCCGUUCCAGCAACGGCUAUUGAAUAUUUUCGGGAAUCCGCAGAGAAGCUGGUCAAAGAGAGAGGAGCGGUAGAUGCACUAGCUGCUGCUCUGGCUCACAUUUCUGGAGCCACCAGUCUAGAGCAGAGGUCUCUGCUGAACUCUGACGUUGGCUACACGACUAUACAGUUACAGUGUUCUAUGGAGAUGCAUAAUUUAGGUUACGCCUGGAGAACCAUUAAAGAACAGCUGGGAGAGGACAUUGAAAACCACAUCCACAGAAUGACCUUCCUCAAAGGCAAAACGGGAGUUUGUUUUGACGUCUCAGCCGAUAAAGUCAAAGAGAUUCAGGAUAAUUGGAAAGACUGUCGCCGCUGGCAGCUGACUGUAGCCACUGAGCUGCCGGAGCUGGAGGAAAAGCAGUUCACCAACCGUGGAGACAGGGGCUUUGGCGGUGGGAGCCGUGGCGACAGAGGAGGGUUUAGAGGCGGGAGGGGGCGCAGUUUUGGUGGAUAUGGAGGGCGUAACAACGGCUUCCGGAGCGGAGGCAACGGUGGAGGAGGGGGCUUCAACAACAACCGAGGAAAUCACAAACGGACCUUCAGCGACGCAUUCGAUUACUAAAGCAUCAAGCUGUUAAUGUACAUCUUUAUCAAUAAAGACUGACACAUAACCAGUGAAAAUAUUUCUGAUAUAAAAUAUCAGAUUCAAAAACCACAUAUGGAAGAAUUUAGCCCUUUUGUUCAAGUCAGUGUUCCCCUAUCGUUCUACAAGGGGGGCGCCUCGCCCUCCAACAAAAUUGCAGAUCUAGAUUUUAAAGAGAGAUUUUCAUUCAACCAAGUAGGAAGGGCGAACGGCAGGUAGCCUUCAGAAUAUAACCAUGUGUAAAUUUACACAAUACAAACAUAAGAGAGACAGAUGGAUAAAUAAGACACAAAAUAAAAUAUUAAGUCCUAAUGAAGGUGUCAAUGUCUUGACUUUGUAUCAUUAAUUGGUAAUUUGGCCUUUUAUUAAAGACACUUCUAUGCAAUAAUGAAAGAUUGGAUAAAAGUGUCAGAUACUACAUAAAUUAUCAGCAACUCAGUUAUUUUUCCCAAUAUUUGAAUAUGUGGACACUGUUUAAAAUUCCUUUCCCAUCUCAUUAAGUUUGGGAUGUGUCACUUACUGUUACCGUUACCAGCAUUUAUCAAAUUUUGACCUUUGUCUAUGUAGAGACGACUUGCCCAACAGUCGGGAAACAUGUAGCAGAACAGUUUAUGGUUUGUAAAAUCAAGCAUGUACUCCCCAGUGCUGUCUGUCAGGGGUCUCUGCAGGGAACAAAACUGGUCUGGGGGUUUACAGCAUGCUCACGGUUGGGUUGCUGCGUUACCAUCAGCUGAAACCUCUCCAAAUAUAUAUACAUAUAUAGAGAUAUAUGUUGGAUGAUUGCUUUGCAAUUGCCUGUAUUUAAUAACUACUGCUUCCAUUCAUUUGAAUGAAACAACUUAUUAAAAAGGUCAAAUUGA